CCGGGCGUUUGGAUGUUUUUGUCGUUUGCUUUCUUCUGCCCCCGUUUAACUCAGCAAACUGGAUCAUGGCAGAGACACCGGAGCUCCGGAUUUUCCCCACCACCGGGCUCGGGGUGAAGGAGCACUCACAGAUUGUUGCUCACCACAAUAGACUGCGCAGCCGGGUCAAACCCAUGGCAGCUAACAUGCAAAAAAUGGACUGGAAUGAGAAGUUGGCUACACUUGCAAAGGAGAGAGCCACAUUGUGUCACAAAGAGCCUUUCCUUCAACACUCCUUGUCUUUCAGCCAUAUUGGCUGGAACACACAUCUUUCUGUUGUUGGUGCUGCUUCAUUUUCUGACAUCAUUGACUUCUGGUUCGACGAAGGAAAAGAUUUUCUCUACUCCAGCGGCCGAUGUAAGGAAAAUGCCACCUGUCAACACUAUACCCAGCUGGUCUGGGCUACUUCAAGCCAGGUGGGCUGUGCCAACCAACAGUGCUGGAGAAAUGGAGAACUCUGGGAGAUAUUUGUCUGUGCAUACUAUCCUGGGGGUAACUGGGAGGUAAAUGGUCAACUGGUGAUGCCGUAUAAAUCAGGGCUGUACUGCUCUCUCUGCACCUCCUCAAUGUCUGGCUGUUUGAGACUGUGGGACCAUGUAGGCGGACUAUGUGAGAUUCCAAAGAACCCAUGUCGAAUGAACUGUGGCGAACAUGGCCAUCUUAAUAUCUCCUCUUGCAAAUGCAAGUGUGACCUCGGGUUCACUGGACGCUUCUGCCAGGUUCGGUGCAAUGUGCAAUGUGUGCACGGGCAUUUCAAAGAAGAGGAAUGCUCUUGCUUGUGUGCUGUUGGCUAUGGUGGUGCUGAGUGUGCAGAGAAAGUGGAAUUCCCAUUUCAAAGCUGUGAUCUCAUCAUAGAUGGAAAUUGCUUUAUGGUGUCUUCUGAUGUUGAGACCUACUAUGGGGCUAAAAGUCACUGUCAGGAACAAGGAGGCAUUUUGGCUCAAAUCCACAAUCAGAAGGUUCAGGACAUUCUGGCUUUUUAUCUUAGUCAGCUGGAGAUGAGCAACGAGCUCACCAGGAAUGACUUUGAAACUGAAAACUUCUGGAUAGGCCUGACAUAUAAACCUCCAAAAGACUCAUUUCGCUGGGACACAGGAGAGAUUCCCAAAUACUUCAGCUUUGCCUUUGGGCAGCCUGACAACCAAGGUUUUGGAAACUGUGUCGAGUUGCAGGCAUCGAGUGGUUUCAACUGGAAUGACCAGCGCUGUAAAACACUGAACAGAUACAUUUGCCAGCACGAUGCAGAGCAUAUUGCUCAGUGGGAGGACAGCAGGUGACCUGGAUUUUUCAAAGGGGUGAAAUACUGCAGGUGUGAUUAUUUUAAGACACAUGUAUGCUGGGACAAUAGCCACCAGUGUUGGUGAAUGUUUUGCUUUUGCUGU